AUGGAAACGUGUGUUUUGAUUCCGGCCGAGUUUAGUUUGGUACUAAUCUCAUCUGUAAACAGUCAUGUUAACGAGAAGGAAGUUCGUGUCUGUAGCAACCAGAAGAUUAAUCGAGGAAGGAGAUUCUUGCCCUUUGAAGGAACUAUCAGGCUAGACAAACUAGAAGUCUUCAGCUGUUUGGAAGACACGAAUGUACGCCAUCAGUUUGGUUGCUAUGAUGAAGUUCAAGACAUCGGACGCCAUUGUAAUUGGGUACGGUUUCUUCGGGUUUCUCCGACCUUUUGCCCUGAGGUCAACCUUAUUGGCUCCUUAGUCAAAGGUGAACCCGUCUACGAAGUUGUCCAAAAUGUCGCACCUAACACGGAGCUGGUAGUUUAUUACGAAACGCUGGGGGAAGAUCGCGAAAGUACAUUAUCUCUCCUAGUUUCCCGACGCCUAACUGCGGCCCACUGUCGACAAACAGUCUGUUUAGUUUUGGAAGAGUCUCCCAUUGACCUGUCGAAGUCUCUACUAUCUUCAAGAGUUCCAGUAAGUUGUUUUAAAAAUGGAGAUCACCAGCUUUUAAACAAAAGUUAUAGACAGCCAAACGAACGGCGCUCUCUAUCCAGUAAUUCUCUUUCUUUGAGAGAUGAGCCUACAGGUAUUGAGGCUCGCCCGGAGCCAGCAAAGAGAGCCCGUGAGUUACCUUGUGAAGUGUGUGGCAAAGCCUUCGACCGUCCUUCCUUGCUCAGAAGACACAUGCGUACACAUACAGGAGAAAAACCGCAUACUUGUGAUGUGUGUGGAAAAGGUUUCAGUACAUCCAGCUCCCUCAAUACUCAUCGAAGAAUCCACUCCGGUGAGAAACCACACCAAUGUCAAAUUUGUGGAAAACGGUUUACAGCCAGCUCCAACCUUUAUUACCACAAGAUGACCCACAGCAAGGAGAAGCCCCACAAGUGUACCUUGUGUGACAAAUCCUUUCCAACACCAGGAGACCUGAAGAGCCACAUGUACGUCCACAACGGUUCGUGGCCUUUCAAGUGUCACAUCUGUAACCGAGGGUUCAGCAAGCAAACCAACCUAAAAAAUCACCUCUUCCUACACACGGGUAAUAAACCUCAUGCCUGCGAGUACUGUGAGAAGAAGUUUGCUCUUGCUUGUAAUCUUCGAGCUCAUACCAAAACUCACGAAAAUGGUCUUCAGGAACGUUGCUUCCAUUGUGGCAAAACUUUUAAUCUCUCUACCACUGUUUUUAAUCUUGGAUGUUGCCAAAAUUGUUAUCGGAAGAACAAUGGGAUUGCCUUAGUGAGAAAACAAGUGGAAGAAGAAAAUGUUGAGACCAAGCACUCUCUGCCCACUGAUCGUACCACUUACAGUGUACUCGCAAAGAAAGAAAAAUCUCAAUGUCCCCUUCUGUAUGGGAUUUUGGAUCAGAUGAUGCUUAAGUAUCAUGAAGCAAAGCCCCAGCUCUCACCUUUCGAACUGUUAAAAGUGAACAAUUUUCUAAACAUUAGAUCGUGA